AUGGAGCGGCUCCUAAAUCAGCCUCUGCAGCAGCUGCUGCACUCCCCUCUGUUGAAGCGGGAGGAGGAAGCAUCCUCCUCGGGGGUACUGACAGCGCCACCAUUCCGCGCCGAAGAGGAGCAGCAGCAACAGCAGCACAUGCAGCAGCAACAGCAGCACAUGCAGCAGCAACAGCAGUGCAUGCAGCAGCAACAGCAGCACAUGCAGCAGCAACAGCAGCACAUGCAGCAGCAGAAGGCGCAAGCCGAUCUUCGCUGCUUCCAGUACAGUCUUAUGGGAUCUCCUGCAGGUGCUCUUUGGAGUGCUAGAAUGUGGGGUGUAGAGCGGCUACCCGAGCUGCUUCCACCGAAUGUGAGCACUGCUGCUGCUGCUGCUGCACUCGGCAGCACCAGCAGCAACGGCAAUGGCAAUGGCAACAACAGCAACAACAACACCUUUGAGUCCUUUAUAGAUGACUUGGCAGUCUCCGAUUUUUUGGGGUCGCUCCAACAGCGCGUGCUGUGGUGCAGCAAACUUGAACGCCAGCUGCACGAUCUGCACCAGCAGCAGCAACGGCAUGAAUUGCUGCUGCGGGAGGGCUUACUGCUUCAUUCUACACUGUCGCUCUUCUCGUUUGCGCCAGACCGCUUCAGUCAUCAAGGGGGGCAGCAGAACGUGCUGCAUUUUCCUGCAUACAGGAUUUCCGCUGCUGCCGCUGCUGCGGCAGGCUUGCUGCCCCUCGCGGCUUACGGAGGCAGCAGCAGCAACGUCGCCGCAGCGUCUUCACUGCAUGCGCUGCAGCAGCAUGCAGCAGAGAACCUCGCAGAGGAGGAGGAAUUCGCAGGGGGCAGUGCCAGCAGCAGAACGAGCAGCAGCAGCAGCGGAAAUGGUGGCAGUGGCAGAGGAGCAGCGUCGUCGGCAUCUGCAGAUGUCAAGGGAGACACCUCAGCAGAAGGCGGCUCUCCCCAAAGCUGCUCAGGACGUGUUGUAUAUCCGUACGAAUUAUACAGAACUGCUGUUAUUCCGACAGUUUGUCGGCACAGGGAGUUGGGGAUGGAGGGUGUUGCGGCUGCUGCAAGGAAGCUCCUGGAAGAGACGCGGAGCGAUGGGGAUGAGCAGCAGCAGCAACAGCAACUUGCAGAAGCAAUGAGCGCGGCUUUGCCACUGUCUGUGCGAAGCCUGCUGUGCCUCUGCAGCAUUGCUGUGGAGUUUUGUGUUUCGUCCCUGCGGCAGCAGGUGGCUAGCCAUCUGGCUAGCUUGCAGCUGCUCUCUUCCGCGCUAGAUGCCGUGUGUGCAAUGGAGGGUUCUCUCCUCAGCGCUGUGUAUAGCACUCCUCAGCAUGUGAUCUCUUGUCUCCAGCAGCGAGGCAGCGGUGUCUCGGGAAUACGCCGUCAGCAGCACAUGCAGCAGCAGCACAUGCAGCAGCAGUCCAUGCAGCAGCAGCACAUGCAGCAGCAGCACAUGCAGCAGCAGCACCAAGGGCCUUCCUGGGUAGCUGCCUUAGCACAGCCACCUCGGAAGAUUUCUGAGUGGCGAGAAUAUGUCGCGGCGUUCAAUGACUUUAUUCCUGUGAAGCCUCAACAGAGUCUUCCGAAGGCCAGUGUUUCGACAUCCGGGGAUGUGUCUUCGGAGACAGCUGUGACUAGCGCAAAGCGGAAGCGCAUGCCUGCCGAAGAGAUGCAGCAGCAGAUCAGCAGCAGCAGGAGUUCGACUGUCGCGACUCCUGCGGCGGCAGCGGCUUCUUCGGGGAUAGGAGGAGCAGUGCUUCAGCACAGCGAGAUGUGGAUGGGGAAAAAUGAUCUGGUGGACGGCAGCAAGCUGCUCCGAACGAGCAGCCGAGACUUGCUUCAGCUGCUGCAUCGUCAGCACGGCAGCAGUGAAGCCGUGGUUGCCGGGAGCAGUUGCAGCGGCAGCAGUCCGUACAGGGAGUUGCGGCAGCAGCUGCUGCCGCAGCGCUCUCGAUCGAUACAGUCUGUCCUCUCUUAUGCCGGGGAAAGCGGCAGCAGCAACACAACGAGCCGGCAGAAUAGCCUCGAAGUGCUGCUGCUGCAGCUGCGGCAGCAGUCUGCAGAGGCUACUGCGGGCGCUGGAAUGGAAGCACUCUCCGCUGCGCUUUCUUCGAGGCUGUCUGCAGCAGCUGAAGAGACGGAUGCGGAGACAGGGAGCUUGUGGCUGCAACAGAUGCAGCAGGAAGCAGCAGCCUCUCCCCCCACGUUUCUUAUGAGGAUGUCGAGCGAUGAGGUGUCUUCGGACGCGGUGUUGCAGCAGCUGCAGCGGCAGCUGACGGAUUCGCAGCAGCAGCAGCAGCAACAGCAGCAGCCGCAGCAGCAAUACCAAGAGGAGGAGCUUCAUCAGCAGCAGCUCCGGUUGCUCGAGAAGGCAGGAGUCAGCACAGACUGCAGCAGUAGCAGCUUAGUCUCUCCUGCCUUUGGUGCGCGUCUAGUAGAUGACACAGUGAAGCAACAGCAGGAGCUGCAGCACCAGGUUCUGGUAGCAAGCCAUGGUAGUCUUGGCAGUGGUAGUGGUGGGAGUAGCAGCUGCAGCAACAACGCUAUUGACGCUUCGAAGGAGGAUGCCUUUGUUUUACAGCCGGCGGGGUCAGUUUCUUCGCUCUCGACUCCUGAGCCGUAUAGCACGUUCUUGGAUUUGCGCAAUAGCAGCGGCAACUUCAGCAGCCGCCAGCUGGCGCCUCUGCAAUUGCAGCAGCAGCAGCAGCGAGUUGUGCUGCAACAAGCGGGAAUGAGUCGUACCACGCGAUCUGCAGCGAGCAAUGCAGUGUCUAGUGGCAGCUUGAGCUGGGAGUUGCGAGCAGCGGCAGCAGGCGGAGGAGGAGGUGGCUGUUGUCGGAGUGGCGGCAAUGGGAGCAUUGGGAUGGGGUGUGUAUCUCCAACUGCAUCGGAUGUUUCUCUGCGAAGCAGUGGGGGGAGUGCGAGUGCGGGAGCAGCAGCAGCGCCAUCGGCAGGAGGGGGGGUUGGUACAACAGCGGCUGUCGCGUAUCUGCCGCUUAUAGAUGACAUCUUGAUGCGCGUCGAGGAGAAGCAGCUGCAGCUGCCAGCGAAGGUUCCUGGGGUGUGUUUUAAUCCGUCUGACAAUACGUGGAGUGCUCAGUGGACUUUGCCUGCGGAUGGCAGUGGGGGUGGUGGCAGUGGGGGUGGGGGUGGGGUUGGUGGCGGUGGGGGUGGUGGCAGUGGGGGUGGGGUUGGUGGCAGUGGGAGUGGCAGCAGUAGGAAGAGGAGGAAGAGGACUUUUAGCAUUAACAUAUACGGGAACGACACUGCGAGGCGCAUGGCGGUUGCAUGCCGUCUCCAAGCGGAGAAGAGGCAGUUGCAGCUGCAACAGGGAGAUGCUGGUGCAGCAGCAAGGAGAAGCACGUCAUGUGCUGCGCCUCAUGUUGCGAAUCUCGCCGCUGCAGUGCUCGCUGCUGCUGCAGGCAUGGAUGCGAGCAUUGCGUCUUGA